UUCACCUUCGUAUAACAACAUGGCUGUGUACCAGAAGAGUUCCAACCCUUUCGAAGAUGACGAUGAUGGGGACAUGGCUUUUGGGGGAUCUUCGUGGAAAGCAAAUCAGCAGAACACGAGCAAUGAUGCAAAUGAAAGACGAGAACAAUUAAUGCGACAGAUUGAUGAAUCGGAAGCUCGACAACUUGAGAGUACACGACGAGCCCUCGCCAGUAUUUACGAAUCAGAAGAUACCGGAAUACAAACUGCUGAGGAGCUGUCUCGUCAGGCAGAGACGCUGAACAACAUUGAAAAGAAAACAGAUGACGUCAAUCGUACCCUCACAUCAUCUCAGAAGCAUCUCAACAAUAUCAAAAGUGUAUUCGGUGGAAUCAAGAAUUGGUGGAGUGGUAGCAAGGACCCUAACACGUUACCCCUGACAAAGUCAGAACCGAAAGCAAGUCCACUGAAAACGAAAGUCGAUACCUACCGAGACUCUCAGGAUACCUAUUCAUCAAAAGGAGUGGAUGCUAGUGGUUUCUAUGACGACAAUGACAUUGACAGUCGCUUCAUGGCGGGUGCUCGGAAUACCGGGGGGCCGAGACAACAGAUGGUUCACAGGAUUACUAACAGUGCGCAGGAGGAUGCGAUGGAUGAAAACCUGGGAUUGAUGAGUGAUGGGAUGGCGAGACUGAAGAACUUGGCAAUGGAUAUGGGGGAUGAGAUUGGGCGCCAAAAUGACCAGCUUGACCGCAUUAACGUGAAAACUGACCGAGCUUUGCCUCGGCUGGAGAACCAGAACAAACAAAUGAAGAAAAUCCUGUACAAGUAAAGAUCUGUAUUAAAAUUUUAAGGACAAUCAGCUGAAGAUGAACAUGACAAAGAUGUAGAUACUUUUAUUGAUAACAACUUCUUUAUUGUCUAUCAAAGAACCUUUCUUCCACAAGUGUUACCUUGAUCAAGAUGUAGAUUUAAACUUUAAAUCUUUAUGUAUUUCCUUCUGUUUAUCAUAACUGUUGGCUUAAUCUCUAAAGGUGGCAGUUUGCUGUGUAGAGUUGCUUCCCUUUGGUGUGUCAGAAUCCUAUGAUUGAACUGGUUAUUAUUCUUGGUUUUCUCAUUGAUUGUAUCAAAGUGGUAAACUGCAUCACUUCAGGCUUUCCUCCCUUAUCAAUCUGACAUGCUGUGAUAUCACUACAAAACUUCAAUGCAGCUGUUCAUGCAACUCACUCACUAACCCACAACUGCUGCCUUGAGUACAUUAACCAUGUGUUAACAUGCAUUACAGAUGAAGGGGGACUAGAAAUAUUAUCCAUUCUAAUCUAUCAGAACAAUACCCUGAUUGGUGAAUUUUUGGUAAUAUUUAUAGCAAGGUGGUUCUUUCUUUUAUCAUGGUCAAUAGACAGAUCCUGUCAAGUUAAUGAGUAAAUAUCUGUUACAAAAUGUAAAAAAAUAAAGUACUUUGAGCAAGAAAAAACUGUAGAAAACUGAAGAAAACUGUAUUAUGUAUCAUAGUGGCACCAAAGAGUAAGUGUUUAUUUUGGUUUUGGUAGAAUGGAUAUAAAAAAAUAUUGCUUUCGGUGUAAAGUUAUUUUAACUGUAUGGACUAAAUUCAAUUUGCAAUAUCAGUUCUAAAGGUUUCCAUGGAAACAGCUCUAACUUAUCAUGUUAUGUCUCUUUCAAUCAUCAUUGUGUGAAAUAUAUUUACGUUCCUCGAUAUUCAUUGUUUGUAGGGGUGGUCGGUUAGCCUAGUGGUUAAAGCGUUCACUUGUCACGCCGAAGACCCGGGUUCGAUUCCCUACAUGGGUACAAUGUGUAAAGCCCAUUUCUGGAGUCCCCCCGCCGUGAUAUUGCUGGAAUAUUGCUAAAAGCUGCGUAAAACCUUACUCACUCACACUCACCCAUUGUUUGUAAGAAAUAAUGCAUCAGUAUGGGCCACCUUAUUUAACUCAUCUACCAGCGACUAUGGUUCCUCAGCAUGCUCAGUGGCCAUCAUGGCAUUACACAGGACUCAUUAUUGACUGACUUGUGUCUUGGAAAUAUGCUGAAAAUAAGAACCAAAAUGUUCAUGCUUACAGUGAGUUAUUGAUGCUUAAUUAAAAAUCAUAUCAUUCCAGGGCUCGAUUGAAGGAACUUCAUUUAACUUGCACCAGGUGCGUGUUGACAUGAAAACCAGGUUGCCCCAGACAAAAUAAGGUUACACUCUAGUCCUAUAAAUUUAUCAAGAUGAAACGUAUAUGCAUAAACUGAAUAAGUACAUCUCAGAUGUCUGAUGACUGUCAUGAUUUCACAUAAAUGUUACUGUAAAAUGUAAUAGGAUGUGUACACAAUCUUGAAGUACCCACAGUUUGAUGAUGUCAGGCCCCAAAAAGGAUGACAAAUUACACAUAACACAGGGAUUAGUGAUGUGGUAUGGUACUGAAAGUUUAGAGGUAUUCACUGUGUUCAAGGAUCGUUGUUGAUGGAAAAAAAAGGGUAGUCAGACAUAAAUUUGAAUUGUUUUAACAUGCACUUGGUAGAAAUGUAGAAAUAAAUAUUAUUUUGCACUUUACAAUAAUAGGUUGAACUAUAUAGCUUUAUAUAGCUAAAUCGAGCCCUGCAUUCUCAUUUUAAAAAGGUGAGGUCGGGUAGCCAAGUGGUAUAAGUGAUAGACAAGUUGCAGGAUCAGUUUCUGAUACCUCCCACUAGGAUAUGGCUAGACUGUGGCUUAGAUCAUUCAACCCUGCUCACUCCCUCGUUUAAUUUCAAAGUACUCGGCUUUGAAAACAUCAUAGUUGUCUGUAUUGUGGUUCUAGAAAGGUAAGAUGUAUGUAUUUAUGUAUAUAGAGAGAUGAGUUGUAUAUAUCACUGAUAUAUUGUACAUGUUGUAUGUUUGUUUGAUAUGUUUUGAUAUGAUAUGUUUUGGUUCUGAGGAUAUAUUUGCAAUCUAAGCCAAUAAACAUAUAGGGCAAAACUUGUUUGUUAAUUCAUUGAAAGAUGCAGAUGAUGUAAGUUUACCAUGUUUACGAAAUAAGUGGAAUAUGUUACUAUGGUAACUGGAUGCACAGACAAGCAGCUUAGUAAAACUAAACAUGAUUGAGUGAACUGUCAUGAGAGAUAGCUAGCAAGUAGGGCUGGGUCAAGUCGAAAUUUACUACUUGGGUACCCACCGACCUAAACGAACAUUUAGUCCAUGAAAUCUUAUAUUACACAAUACCCUUCUCGACUCUGAAAUUAAAAAAAUUCCCGGUGCUGAUUUCAUGCGGGAAUAGAGCUAACUAGAGCUGGCUAGACUUGCUUUUGUAUCCAUAUGUAGAUCGUUGUUCUAUCCAUACAAUAAAUAUAUUACAGUCAUGGUGCAUGGACUACCACCGCCCUAUCACCUGACCUUACCCGUGUAGCUCUCAAGGGAUGGGUACAAAAUGUCCGAUUGGGAACAGUUUGACCGUAGCCCUGGCAAAAUGUAUUUAGAUACAUGUAUAAAACGAUCUAGCUGGUCAUGCAUACACUGAAAUUGACUGGUUUUUUCUGUAUUCAUACAUAUAAAAGUCAGAAAUGUGAACAUUAGUGACUUGUAGUGUAACCAUAGAGUUCUAGAUCAUUUUUGUCAUUAACAAUAUAUAGCAAGACAAACCACAGGUCCGGAUAGUCCUGUGGGUACCAGGGUUCUACUCAGUACCAACCCCACCCAAGUACCCGAGUUUUCCGUCCUAGCCCUACUAGCAAGCCGUUAUCAUAACAUGUAUAAUGCUUUCUAAAUGAAUUAAAAUAAAAAGCAUACUGUUUUUUGGCAGGGAGACAAGACCGUUUAGUCUGUAUAAUUGCUCAAAGCUUGUUGUUUCCUGGUCAUGAACAUCAGGUAAAUUUAUUAUUCUCAUGUUUUGUAGGAGUAGAAUUAUUCAUCAGAUAUGUUCAGUAAAUCAGAGUGAGUUGGGUUUAAUGCCGCUUUUAACAGUAUUCCUGUUAUAUCACAGUGUGUUCGCUUAAUGUAGGAGGAAAGCCCGAAGUGAUGCAGGUCUCAGAUGUUUACCACUUUGGUGAAACCCACGAGCACGGGUAUGGUGCUGACAAACCAAGAAACAUAAUCGGGGUGAACCGGGAUUCAAACCCACAAUCAUAGGUUUCUGGCGUGCCCAAGGGAUGCAACUCUGCACAGCAAAUAGGGGCGCCUUAGACAACUGGGCCACCUGUGCCCCCUGUACCAUAUCAAAUUCAACUGACUGCAUUUGUGUUCUUUAUGAAUAGUUGUUCUUUAAUAAUACUUCUUUCAAUCUCAUUUAUUACUGAGCUAGAUAAUUUUAGGCUCACAUGAACUUGAUGAUCCAGCAUAUGAUUAGCUACGGUCAUAAUUAGACAUGUUAGAAAAUUAUAAAUUAGUAGACUGAUCACCAACAUUCCAAGUUAUUGUUUUUGUCUACAUUCUAUACCGAUUGUUCCUUUUCAUGUGUAGAAAGUACAUUGUGUCCGAUAGUUUCAUCAAGAAGGAACUGAAGCCGUCCUGUAUUUGUUCUGCUUUCGUUCAGGAUACCAGGCUAGUGUUGUAUUUUUGUAUGCCCUCACAUGAGAGGGUUUACUGACUUUGUAAGUCUAUUGCUACCAUGGUGGCAUUAAGGUUUAACAUAUUUCAGCUUUAGGUUCUACGUGAACCAGAUAUGUCCCAUUGUUUCUUGAAACUUAUCACUACUUGUACUUCGACCAUGUCUAGUCACUCGUAUUUGGAUGUAUUUGUCACAUUGUAUGCCACAUUUUCCUUGUACCAUGUGUACUAUUUAUCACACGUCCAUUGUUGUAUAUAGGCGAGGUUUCGCUGGGACAACAUUAUGAUUUCAUGUUAUCAGUGUGGAAAUAGCAAAGUUGUGGACUUGCUCCUGGACAAGUAAACAUUUAAAAUUUCACUUGUCCAGCAUAUUGAGAAAAAAUUAUUUUUAUCCUAAAUGAUUUUUUAGAGCCGAUUUUUAUUUUGAAGAGUCAGUUUUUGUAUCUCCAUGGUUUUCCUGACAUUGUCAAUGAAGUCAUCCAUUGCUAUAAAAGAAUUGGCAAAUUUUGACUAAAGGUUUUGACUUUCAGGUUGGUUGUGUACAACUGAAGCUGAUUCUUUUGUUUUUCCAACGUAACAAGUCGGUCAAGUUGGGUAAUGAUUUUCCACACCUCGAGUAUGUAUGUAUGUAGGAUUAUCGGUAUGUGUAUGGUUUGUUCUUCAAGUAACAAGAGGGGCGGUCGGGUGGCCUAGUGGUUAAAGUGUUCGCUCGUCACGCCAAAGACCCGGGUUUGAUUCCUGACAUGGGUACAAUGUGUGAAACCCAUUUCUGGUGUCCCCCGUCGUGAUAUUGCUAAAAGCAGCGUAAACCAUACUCACUCACUCGAGUAACAAGGUGAUGUGAGCGGGGCCUGAUUCAUUAUGGUCAAUUGUAACAUUUAUUGCUCAGGAGAUUUAUUUAGGACAAUAAUCUCAACCCUGACAACUUUUACAAAUAUAAUAGAAUGGAUCUGGCAUCACGCAUACAUCAGCUACAUGGUGUAAGUGUUUACCUUCUGUGUUAUUUUUCCUCAAAUCUCAUGAACAACAAAGACCCUGGUGGAACAUGGUGUCUUUGGACUUGUUUUACACAGGAAUAAAUGUGAUUCCCCAA